CAAGAAACAAGUGGCAGGAUUGUGACGUAGGAGAACUGAAGAAAAUGAAAAAGAAGGUAAAAGAAGCGCAAAGACACAAUCCAAGUCUGGGGUUAAGAUUUGAUGACAAAUAAAUAGUAAUUCAAAUUUCACCAUUUUAGUUAUUGCUCUUACUUUUUCUUUUCUACUUUUUCUUACAAAUAUUACUUUUUAUUAAUUUUCAAAUACAAUGUCUUCUGUCAAAGCAGUUCUUUCCACUGGAUUUCAAUCUGAAGGUGAAUUGGUCAAGGUCGGUAGUGUUCCAUACCCAAAGAUCAAUGAUGACCAAAUUUUGAUCAAGGCCAAAUCAUUUGCCGUUAACCCAACUGAUUGGAAACAUCUUACUUUUGCUGAAGCCGACUACAUUGUUGGUUCUGAUGUCAGUGGGGUUGUUGAAGAAGUUGGUAGUAAAGUCGAAGGCUUUACCAAAGGAGACGUUGUUUCUUCUUUUAUUAGAGGAAAUGUUUCUUCUGCAAAAGGUGCUUUCACUGAGUACGUAAUUGCUGAACAAAAUUCUACCAUUAAAUACGGGAAUGGCUCUAAAUUUUCCAAUGAAGGUCUCAAGCCAGGUUCGUAUCCAACUAGUUUAAUCGAUACUUAUGAAGGUGCCAGUUCGGUUACCCUCGGUUUAUGUACUGUGGCUUUGUCAUUUGUUAAUCUUGGAAUCAAGUUUGGUGAUGAAUCAAAUUCAACCAAAUCAAUUUUGAUUUGGUCUGGUUCUACUGCCACUGGGGUUUUAGCUAUCCAAGUUGCUAAAUUAGUCUUUGGCUUAAAGGUUAUUACUACUGCUUCUCCUAAAAAUCAUGAUUUUUUAAAAUCUUUAGGUGCCGAUGCUGUUUUUGAUUACCAUGACACUGACGUUUCUAGACAAAUCCGUGAUUUCGCUGGCGACUCAAUUGCUUAUGCUUUGGAUACCAUUUCUUCCGAAUACUCUUUCCAACAUGUUUAUGAUUCAACUGCUAAUUCUUCUCAUGUUGCAAUUGAUAACUUAUUAGGUCUUCAACCUCUGCAAAUUAAAACUGAUGAAAAUAGAAAAGUCAGUUAUAGUACCACUUUGGCUUACCUUAUUUGGGGUCAAGAUAUCGAUCUUAUGGGUACUAUUUUCAAGUCUUCCACCCAAUUGGUUGAAAACUAUAAUGAUUUAUUCGUCAAGAUCUUACCUUCAUAUAUCUCCAAAUUGAAGCAUUCUAAUCUUAGAGUUCUCAACCCAGGUUUGGAAUCUGCCAGUGAAGCUUUGGAAUUAUUGAGACAAAACAAAGUCAGUGGUGAAAAAGUCGUCUUUAGCUUGAACUAAAUAGUACAUAACUCUGAAUAGAUAUUUGCAAUCUCUC